AUGACAAAACGCCGCGCUCUCAUUCUCGUGUUUCUCAGCAUCUUCAUCCCUAUCACUGCGGUUUUGUAUCAGCGUUUGAGAGCUACAGUCCCCCUUUUUCAAAAGGCGGCACCCAUCGUGACGAAAAUGGCGUCCGAGAAGCCUCCCGUCAUUGUCGUUGGUGCUGGUCUGGCUGGUCUCGCCGCGUCUUACUCAGCCCUUGAGGCCGGCGCCCCUGCAGUGCGUCUGCUUGAGCGCGGCCCUAAGGCGGGUGGCAAUAGCAUCAAGGCCUCAUCCGGUAUCAACGGCGCCCCUACCAAGUACCAAAAUGUCGAGUUGUACGGCCUUGACACUUCCUUCUUCUCUGACACCGUCGUGUCCGCGGGCACCAAGCUCAGUACGUCGGUGGCUCAGCCGAUCAGAGAGCACCGCGAGAAGCUCAUCUCUACUCUCACAAACCGUUCUGCGUCUGCCAUCGAUUUUCUUGUCGAACUCGGCGUCGACUUGAGCGUUGUCACUAUGCUUGGUGGCCACAGCAUCCCCCGCACACACCGCGGUUCGGGCAAAACCCCCCCUGGUGCGGCCAUCGUUACCACCUUGCUGAACAGGCUGAAGGAGAAGGGCGAUCGGUUCCAGCUACUUACCGAGUCUGAGGUGACCAAGCUCCUGACCGACCCUAAUACGGGAGCCGUCACCGGUGUCGAGUACCGUGCACUCAACAAGGUCGCCGAGAGCGAAACUGAUGCCGACGCCACACCCGUCCCGCAACGCGUUUUCCUCCACGGCCCUGUCAUCUUCACAACCGGCGGCUUCGGCGGCGACACGCACGGCCUACUUCAGAAGUACCGUCCCGAUUUGGCCGGUCUUCCUUCGACCAACGACCCGCGCCCCGGCUCGCACCCCAUCCUCUCCGCUGCCGGCGCGAAGCUGGUUGACAUGGAAAGCGUGCAGAUCCACCCGACAGGCUUCGUGGACCCUAAGGACCCCAACGCACGCCUGAAGUUCCUCGCAGCCGAAAUGCUGCGCGGCGAGGGUGGCAUCCUGCUUUUUAAUGGCCAGCGGUUCGUCAAUGAGCUCGACACGCGCGAAAAGGUCAGUAGUGUCAUCAUGAACCUGCCCCAGUCGGCCGACGACGAAGGAGGUCUGCGCCAGUGGGAUAUCCAGAUCCUGCUCGACCCCGGCGCGUGUGCCAGGGCGGAAAACCAUGUCGCGUUCUACAUGUGGAAGGGGCUUCUGCAAAAGAAGAAGGUAUCCGAGCUGGAUGAUGUCACGCGGCAGACGGUUAAGGAGUAUGCCGCUGUCGUGCGCGGCGAAGCUAAGGACGAGUUUGGGCGGCUCAACUUCGGACAUUGGAAUUUGGGUAUCUCUGGCGAGAUAACGGGCGACGAAGAGGUGUGCAUCGGCCGUGUAACGCCCAUCGUGCACUUCACCAUGGGCGGCGCCGUGUUCAAUGAGCGUGCGCAGAUCCUGGCGUCGGACAUUGGAGAGACGCCGGAGAAGCCGAUCCCGGGCCUGUGGGGUGCCGGUGAGAUUACCGGCGGUAUUCACGGCGAUAACAGGUUGGGCGGGUCAAGCUUGCUUGAGUGUGUUGUUUUUGGACGAAUUGCGGGUGAGGAAGCUGCUAAGACGGCGCUGGUUAAGGAGUAG